AUGAAUGAUCGCGAACGCGCCCUGGACGCCUUUGAACGUGUCCUCAACGUCAACCCCACCAACGUUGGCGCCAUGACACAGGCGGGCGCCGUCCUCGCGAAGAAGGAGUGCUACCCGCAAGCCGUUGCCUACUUGCAGCGCGCUACUUCUUCCGAUACCACAUGCGGUGAGGCCUGGGCCGUUCUGGCCCAUUGUUACGUAAUGACCGAUGAUUUGAAAAAGGCUUACGAGGCAUAUCAAAGCGCACUCACUCAUCUGCCGAAUCCCAGAGAUCCAAAUCUUUGGUAUGGAAUUGGUCUGCUUUACGAUCGCUAUGGCAGUUUGGAUAACGCACUCGAAGCCUUUCUUGCCGUGCUCAACAUUUCCCCGGAAUUUGAACGAGCCGAUGAGGUCUGCUUUUGCAUUGGCAUUAUUUACAAAGAACAGCAAAACUUUGAUGAGGCACUCAAAUACUUUCAAAAAGUCGUCACCGCUGCAAAUCCCCCACCUCCUCUCACUCGCGCUGAUGGUUGGUACCAGAUCGGCCAUGUCAAUGAGCUCAAGAGAGAUUUCAGUGCCGCAUUUGAGAUGUACAGAGCCGCCUUGAACGAAAAUCCCAAGCAUGCAAAGACAUUGCAGAACAUUGGAUGGCUGGAGCAUCAACACAACAAGAAUUCAACAGAGUCUAUCCGUCUUCUCAAAAUGUCAGCAGAGCUCGAUCAAGGAGACGGCCAGACCUGGUACCUCCUGGGACGAGUUUACAUGGCCUUGAGGGAGUUUCGACAAGCUUAUGACGCGUAUCAGCAAGCCGUCUAUCGGGACGGCAAGAAUGCUACGUUUUGGUGUUCUAUUGGCGUCCUCUACUAUCAGAUGAACCAGUUUCGCGACGCUUUGGAUGCCUAUUCCCGUGCCAUUCGCCUCAACCCUUACGUGUCCGAGGUUUGGUAUGACCUUGGAACCUUGUAUGAAAGCUGCGGACAAGACCCCGAUGCCAUCGACGCGUACCGAAAAGCAGCCGAGCUGGCACCGGAGAAUACUCAGAUCACUGAGCGUCUCGCUGUCCUAGACAGAUCCAUGACCCCAGCUGCCGUACAGCAGCAGCAGCAAUCAGCUCAAGCCGCUGCUAUGGCUGCAUCCCAGGCAGGCGGGCAGGCGCAAGGUAUGCAAAUGGGACAAGGGCAAUCUGACAUGCACCUCGCCGACCAGGCCCAUCUUCAGUCGCACGCGAUGAUGAAUAGACCGAUGGCGCCGCUGGGUCCUAUGACAAAUGCUUUGCAGCAGCAGCAGCAGCACAAGCUUGCUCAUCAAGGCCCUCUUCCACCCUCACACCAGAUGGCUGCCCAUUCGGGAAGCCUGGAUCAAGUUGCUGGCGGCCCUCCACAGCACGGUGGUCAAGUCGAUAUUGCCCCAAUUGCGUCUCUUCGCCCGCAUGGGCAACCCCAAGGACCGUCAGGUGAGAUGCAAAGCCGUGGAUUCCCACACGACGCUCGAUCAUCCUUGCCUGGGCCGCUGCCCAGCAUAAACGGAACGGGGGCAGGGAGGCCAUCGACGAUGAUGUCACAGCCACUGCACGCACAUCGGCAGUCUAGCGUUCUUCCCCCGCCAAACGCAAUGGUUUCGCAGCACGAAGGAGUGCAUGGCUUCCACAGAUCUGCCCCCUUGCCCCAUUCGCAGCUAGCUCCACUGAAUAACCAUAGUCCAUCUCAGGAUCCGCACAGACAGGCCCAGAUGUCCCAUGGUGACCAACAGCAGCACAACCGUCUCCCAGCGUUGGUGAACUCUCAGCCUUUACCGCACAGCCAAGAGCAUGGUCCAGUCCCAUCACAACCUCAAGUGCAGCCGAUGCAGCCUCAGGUACAAACAGCGUCUUCGUCCCAUCCUCAGUCGCAAGAGCAGUCAGGACAGGGUCAACCAGGCCCACUUCAUGCCCAACCACAAGGCCCGCAGCCGCAACCUCAACCUGUCCAUCAACCCCCUUCGCAACCCCAGACAACCGCCCUGCCACACUUCCAGACUCUGCCCCAGAUUCAGUCUCUCCCGAUGCAGACGCAUCCUGAUCCGCACAUGCGAGUUGAAGGUCAACAACACGCAGGUCCUGGUGCAGCAGAUGUACAGCGACGCGAACAGGAGAACGACAGAGGACCAUACGGGCGGCCAGGCGUGGGCCCGAUGCCGCAGCACCAGUAUGAACGCCCGGAAGAAUCUCGACUUCCAAAAAUUUCGGAACCAGAUGCAAUGAAGAGACCAUCGGGGCCGGAGGAUCCUUCGCUUGCUAGAACGCCGUUUAGCGGAACUACUGGUCCCCCGCAUCCACUAGGAGGGUCUGGAAGUCAACUUCCUGCACUUCGCGAGCCCGGUGAGAGUGGGCCUCCUUCGGCCCCUGCUCCAUCUCGAUCAAUGUCCAUGCACGAGAUCACACAGCAGGAGCCACAGCAGGAGCCGCAGCAGGAGCCGCAGAUCAGAAGGUUUGACGAGCUGAGGGAGCAAGAGAGACAGCAGAAUGACCGUCCUCGCCCUGUGCAGGCAACUGAAGAGGUGCAUCAGAAUGGGGAAAAGGCACCAGUACAGGCUUCUGAACAUCCCGCCGGCGUGAGCUCAUUGAGCUCUGGACCUCCUGCACGGAAAGAGCCCUCACCUGAGACCAGGGAAGACGCUAGGCUGUUGUCAUCAGUGGCAACUCCGUCAUCCGCACCUAUCCCCUCUAUGGGGGGUGCUGAGAGUCCAAAGUUAAGCCCACCCCCUGCCCAUAUCCCAGCGUCAUCAGCACCUGGUGGUGCAGCACCUGGUGGAGGUGCAGCACCUGAUGGAGGUGCACCUCUUCCCUCACUUACAUCUCGCCCUCUGACCAUCUCUGGAUUGUCGCAGGAAGGGAAGGAACCAACCAACUCAUCAGAGACGCAUGGGGCGUCAGUGCCCGCCUCCUCAUUGACUAAGUUUGGAAAGGGGUUUACACGUACUCCAGCGACCCCAGUGAAUAACUCUGUUACACCAUCAUCACUGCCGUCUCCUCUUCCAGCUAGAAAAGGACCAAGCGUCCCAGGAGUCGUGCAUGCAGCAAGAUCCCCACGGUUAUCCAAACCGUCUAACCCCUCGGUAUUCAAGUCUGUACCAGUCCCUCCGCCCAGUAGUACAGCCCAAAUUGAAUCGGUCCCAUCGCCGUCUUCACUUCCAGUACUUCCAGCGAUAGCGUCACAUCCGUCAAAUGGAGAGGCCGAAAAAGUUUCUUCGAAAGACAAAAUCAUGGAACCAGAUAUGGGACGGGAUGACGGGGAGCGCAAGCUUGAUGCUAGACCGCGAGAUCAGGCUACUGACGACAGGGGCGGGCGAGAUAUGCUAAGCAUGAGGAAAAGCGAUGAGGUUGUCGGAAGCAAGCCCCUAUAUGGAAUCUUGCGGUCGGCUCCAGCACCACGAACUGUUGAAACUGAUAGAAGUAAGGAGGAUAAGGUGAAAUCACCUAAUCGGUCAACCCUAAGGAAUGAUUCAGAAAACAUCGGGACAUUGAAGCGGGACCAUGCGUCAAGAGAAGAAAGUGGAAGAACGGCUAAGCGCCCGAGACUACACCAAGAGGGGAAUGACUCAGACCACAACAUGUCCUACAAUCAUGAUGGAGAGAACAAACAAAGAAGCGUCACACACACCGAAAGCGAGCGGAGCAAAGAUGACGAGGGGUCGAGAAAGGCAUCCGCAUCUUGCAAACCUGACAUUCCAUCUGUGAAAGACGCGAAAACGGAUUUGAGGGGACCGAACAACUCGCAAAGUUCGGAUCCAGAGAAAAAGUCGAAACGCGAGAGUCCAUCGAAGGCGGGAGAAGAAGGUCCAAAGAAUUUAGGAAUGGGCUCACAAGUCAUUGAUUUGCCAAGGCUGUCGAAACCGGUAUCGAAAUUGGCAAGUCCUCCUUCAUUGCCUGGAAACACACCUUUGCCGUCAUUUCGAGCUGAGCGAAAGAAUUUAACGGCCUCAAGAGGUAGCUCCGGUUCGGCGGUUGGCGGGAAGUCUGGAAAUGCUGAGGGCCCCCCCAGAUUUCCUAUUCGAUCAGCUCCGAUAACGCCUUUGCCUUCGCAAUUGAAAUCGCAGGUACCUCCUUCCAGCAUGGGAGCAAGCGAUGCCCAAGACAGCGGCAAGGCGGACAGUUCGAGCGCAAAGCGACUGAGCGAAGAGAGGCCAAGUACUGCUGAGCAAAGCGGAAAUAAUUCAAGAGAAGAAGGUGCGGGAUCAAUUGCUAAUGGGGAUGCGCAGAAAUCCAGCGGUGGGUUGAUAGAGCAAGAGCAACGCAAUGCGACUGAGGCGAAAGCAAAAGAUGAUAAGCCGGCAAGUAGACCAGAAAUACACAGCAGUGCUACGUAGUGGAUUUAAGGAGCUUUUGUUGGCGAUGUCGAGAUGUACAGGCUACGACCGUUUUGCUAGUAGCGGAGUUGCAAUUGAAGUGUAAACGGGAGCGUUUGAAAAGCGCAGAAG